ACUCCCCUUUCGCUAGAUAUCCGUGCUCAGAACAGGCCCCACCCCAUCUUCUCCCUUCUUUCUCCCUCCUCCCCCCAGAGGUCGACCCCUGGCACCAGGGUCCUACCUUUCCCCAACCAUGGAGCCCCGCAGGACCCCUCCAGAGUACUUCCUAGAGAUCUUCGCCGAUAAAACUACCGUCCGAGAUGUCUUAAAAGGCGUCCUCAACCUAAUCUUCUUCCACCGCUACUUCACUUGCAUCCGUCCCAAAACCUUCGACGUCCUAGACUUUACCCUUCCCGUCAUCAACGACGUAGACCUCGAAACCCUCAUCGACUCGCGCAUCAGCACCCUCGUCCGCCAACACGCCACCUCCGCAGCGGGUACCCACGACGGCGGCGCCGGCGCCGGCGGAAGCGGAAGCGGAGGCGGCGUGCGCGGCCGCAUGGCCGUCGAGUUCUACGAGAAGAAGCGGCGACGUUCGGGGUUAUGGUUCGGGGGGUUAGCAGGGAAGGGCGAGGAGGAGGUCUGCUGGGAGGUGUGGAACUUGGAUGUGACCAUCGCGACGCCGCGAACAGAGUCAGAACGCGCCAAAGUCCGCAAAGCCAUGGAAAACAUGCUCCAAAAAGCCACCCUCAAGAUCCUCACCGUCGUCAACCGCGACAAAGACCACAUCCCGCCUAUCACCACCAGCGACUCCAACCCUUUCCCCUACCGCGUCGUAGUCAACCCGCGCACAGACGGCUGGCAGAACCGGUUUGGGCUGUACUGAUCACCAUACAUCCAUAUAUCCACACAUACAUUGUUGACGACUAUUUAUGACCUUAUGCGAAGCAAUCAUUGCGUUUGAUUCCUACGCCUGCU